UUUCUUUUUUUCCUCAAUUUGGGGUUUCAUCGGAGACUCUGCCUAUUCAUCUCACAAUCUCCGGCGACGAUGGCUAAUUCCUCCGACCAACUAGAGAAACUCAAAGUCCUUAUUUCCUCGGGCUCGAGAGCUGACAAAUGCUACGCUUACUCGAGCCUCUUACACUUCCAAGAACAGUCCAGUGACAGCUCCGCUUCAAUUCAAGCCCUUGCUGGAAGUUCUCGUACUCUUUUAUCUUUAAUCGUCGCAGAUAUAUCAGACGAUGACGAAGAGAUUGCAGCACAAGCUUUGAAGUGUUUGGGUUUCAUGAUCUAUCAUCCAUCUCUUGUUGCUGCAGUUGUGGUGGACGAUGCCAUUUUGGUUAUAGAGUCGUUAGUUAAACUCAUUGUAACUACAAAAAUGAAGUCAGUAUGUAACUUAGGAGUGUGGUGCAUCUCUAUCCAACAGUUCAGAGCUCCAUUUCUACAUGCCCACUUUGAUUCUCUAUUGCAGGCGGUUGUUCACGCCCUCAACAAUCCUAUUGGUUCUUUAUCAACAACUUUUGAGGCUAUACAGGCUGUGAUGAAGUUAGCAAUGCAAUUAAGUAAUAAGAUGAGGGACUCAUCACUUAUAUGGGCUCCUCCAAUAUAUAGAAGACUUCUCAGCUUUGACAAGAGGGAGAGGGAUAUGUCAGAAAGGUGUUUGUUGAAGAUUAAGCCUAUAAUAUUACCUCCUCCUCUAGUUCUCUCCAAGGCACUUGUCAAGGAUAUAAAGCAAAGAUUGCUCACUCAGAUGAAGGAGCUGCUAAAGAAGGGUAUAAAGGUUCAAACUAUUCACGCAUGGGGAUGGUUUAUUCGCUUACUAGGCUCACAUGCUAUGAAGAACAGACAUUUAAUAAAUGAAAUGCUGAAAAUUCCUGAACAUACAUUUUCAGAUCUCAACCCACAAGUUCUGAUUGCUACACAGGUUGCUUGGGAAGGUCUUAUUGAUGCACUUAUUCAUCCUCCAAUAGUAGCUGGUGACAGAAAUGCAGCCAAGGAGGGGAACGGUGUGCAACAAGUGCUAACAUCUGGAGAGAAAAUUGAUGAACCCCUAGUAAAUGGAUUCUCAAAAAGCAUAAAACUUGUAAUGACUCCUCUUUUAGGCAUCAUAUCAGGUAGAUGUGAUAUAUCCGUUCACUUAUCAUGCUUGAACACUUGGUGUUGUUUGCUGCAUAAACUUGAUACCUCUGUCAAUGAUCCAUCAGUGAUAAAACUUGUGUUGGAGCCCAUAUUUGAAGCAGUUUUUCUCAUUGGUCCUGAUAAUAAGACCAUGAGGUUAUGGAAUCUAUGCCUGGAUUUGCUUGAUGAUUUUAUUUUGGCAAAAUGUCGAGGGGUGGAACAUGACAAAAGUGGCCUUGCAAGUCAGCAGUCAUCAACUAGUACCUCCAUUCCUGGACCUUCUGUACCUGGAAAAUUCUUGUGGAAGCAAUACUCUGUUAAAUGGUUGCCAUGGCAUAUUUCUCAGCUGGACUUCCAUUUAAAGAUGAUUCUUGUUCUCAUCAAUCAAGCUUCAAUUGCAUCUUUCACCCAUGAAAACAGGAGUUUAGCCCGUGAUGCUGCUUUAAGGUUAUUUGUAUCUGUUUUAAAAGGAGUUCGAUUGGAGUUGAAAAGCCAAUACUCUAACUACAACAAUAUUAUGUCGUGUUUGGGCACAGUACUAGGGUUCAUAAAGCAUAUAUGUGAAGAAGUACAUUCAGAAGGCAGUGAUAGUAAUGACUUCGAGUAUACUUCCCUCCUUUUUAUAGAGGCUAUCAAUCAGGAGUUGGAACCUACCAUAUUAGGAUCCCCUCUUUACAAGGUGUCAUUGGACCUCAAGCACAUUGACAACCUGUGAUCAGCUAAUGUCAUCAGACAUGCAAACGUUCUAGCUAUCUGCUCCAUUGCUGAUAUGAAUAUGGUUUCAGUAUUGGUUUAUUUAGUUGUACUCUACUUUUGUAAGGUGUUUCAAUUAACUACAAAGGCAUCCAAAACAGAGUUCAUUUUAGAGAAAAUGCAUAAAUAUUUUACAUUGGCGUUUUCUUCAUAUGAUCCCCUGGAAAUUCUUCUUGCUACUAUCAGUUUACUGUAUAACUAUGUCGGUCACAACUGCUUAAAUAUAUGGAUAGCAAUAGCCAAUGGUUUGAAACACUACAUGGAUGAUGUUAAGGAGCUUUCAUUUGCAGAGUCUGACAGCACUGGUUAUCUUGCCGUAUGCUAUUUCUUAUCCUACCCAUUUGCUAUAUGCUCUUGCCCCCGGAGAAAUUCAGUCUCACUGACUAGUUGCUCCUCAGAGAAGAGUCAUGUUUCACCACAGGAAAAGCAUGAGCUUGAACAUGUUUUUGAUGCAUGGAUGGCACUUUAUGGUUCUCUUAAAACUUCACUGAAUCAAUGCUCUGCUAUGGACAGUUUUCUUGUCGAUUUGUGUUCAACGCUAACUGUGUACCUUGACGAAUAUGCUAGCAUGCAGUGUAUCAAUGGAGUUGACUCAAGUCACAAGGAUCUGUUUUUUUAUCUCCUUCCUUUACUUGGCGAUGCUGCGAUAUGUUUCCUGGAAGAUAUCUGUGCUUCCGAAGAAGUUUCAGAUGAAAGUAAAUACAAAAAUGGUGGCGACCAUAAAAUAUCCACUGGAAAGAGCAGUAGCUUGAGAUUGGCUGCCAGAUAUUUGAGUUUCUUAUGGACGUAUACAGCAACAGACCACCCAACUAAUCUCGUAAUGACAUCAAGGUAAGUCAAUAGUCGAUUUCUUAUCUUUGUGCUCAAGUUAUUCCAUAUGUGAUCUCGUGAUCUUGUCUGACUUUACCAUGAAGUCCCAGGGUAUCUUCUGUACUGGCACACUUUGCCAGUUUUCUUUGCAUGAAGCAAGAUAUCCUCUUGUUCAUUGAGAUAGUAUCUUGUCCGCUGCUCCAAUGGCUUUCACAUACAGAGUUACGGGAUAAAAGCAUAAAAAAUCAACUUCAACUGUUGUGGGCCAAAAUACUUAAUCAUUUACAAAGCAGUCAGCCACCAAUGGUCUUCAAUUCUGCAUUCCUUGAACUCCAGGCACCCCUUCUUGGAAAAACACUUGAUCACCCAAAUCCAACCAUUUCAGAGCCCACCAUCACCUUCUGGAAUUCCACUUACGGUGAACAAAUCAAUCUGGACUACCCUCAAAGCUUGCUUCACGUGUUAGACAAGCUCUCAAGAAAUGGAAGAAUAAUCCUCCACAAGAAAAUCCUACCUGCUCUUGAAAGAUGUCAUUCUAGAAUAGGAGUUGACACCACUCCACAGAGAUACAGGGUGACCGCAACGCAUAACAAGAGCUCAAAAAGAGUAGGGUUUGUGGAGGAUGUGGUGGAUCAACUUCAGCAUGAGGAGAAGCUGUACUCAAAGUUAAAAAGGAAUAGGUUGGAACUAACUGAGCAUCAAAAGGAAGUGAGACGAGCACAGCAAGGAAGGGAGAGGGAUUGUUGUGGGCACGGCCCGGGGAUACGCACUUACACUAGUGCUGAUUUUUCGCAGGGGAAUGAAGAUUCACAAGAGAGUCAAGAAUUCCAGAAUCCAGAAUCCAUCUUGGAGAUUUUACAAAGAGUUGUUUAAUUGUUUUUAUCUGAGGGCCUAGCUUUCAAAGAGAAUAUUAGAUGGAGCACCCAAGUUAACUGGUCCACAUUUUUAGGCUGUCUUCCUCCGUUACUUUUAUGUUACAACACCACCAACUUAUCAUCCUUUGCUCUUUGCAUGUUGUAAGUUGUAUUGUAUGACACCCAAUGGCCAAUGUAUUGUAAUGUCACAUUCUGAUAUUUGGGGUAAAAUAUAUUUCAUUUCGAUUUUUGUAUCAAACUUAAAUGAAGUGGUAUUUUGAACAAGAAAAUGGUGACAUUAUGUUGAAAUGUCACCGCUCAAGACAUUAUCUUACCACCUUCUGUAGAAAUUGUUGA